UGGCUAUCAUUCCGCGACUUCCAUUCGCCGCAACCACUGCAGGAGCAACCUUUUCCGAUUUUCAAGAGCAAUCCGAUCCGCCGAUCCGUAAACCGUCGUCAUGUGCAAGCUGAGUCUCUGUUUGGUGGUGGCCCUCUUCGGCUGCCUUGUGGCCGCCGGUCCCGCCCGCCAGCUGCCCGUGGACAGCAGCACCCUGCGCGAGAUCACCGUGGUCAAGGACGUGCGCUCGUUUGCCGCCCAGCACCCGGGGCUCAAGAUCCAGCGACUGGCCAAGCAGCCGGCCACAGCCCGCGCUGGCGUCGAGUCCGUGCGCUACACCCUCGGUGCUCGCGUAACCAGCGACAGCUUGGUGGCCCAGGGCGCCGAUGUCUUCAACUAUCCGAGCUCGCAGGACGUGAGCGUGCAGCUGACGUACCCGGAGGAGGGCGCUGGAGCGGUCGUCACCUACGUGGAGCUGAUCUGCACCCAGGACAACAGCGAGGGCAACGCCUACGUGGUGGCCGGCGGCAUCGGGCAGCGGUUCAUUUCGAUCAUUCUGGAGGCCAGCCAGACCCGCAACUUCUCGUACCAGGCCCAGUACUAUGGCCAGAAGUAGGACCCCCUCCUGCUGUUGCUGCCCCACUGCUGUUCGUACAUACCGCAGACCAUGUCGCAUGACUCCAAUAGAGAGACAGAAAUAUACGUAUCCAUAAAUGUUGAAAGUGAA